CUGCCCCCGUCCCCCCGCCCGGCCCGGCCCUGCGCCCAGCCACCGCCGGGGCGGGGACUCUCCUCUCCGCCUCGAUGCGGGAGCCGCUCAGUCUCUUGUUCACCACCUGGGGUUUCUCCAGCCAGACGCUGACGGCGGCCCAGAAGCCCCGGGGCAGCAGCGCGGCGCUGUCCCGCAGCGCGAUCGCCCCGGCCAGCAGCCCCAUGUGCCCCGGCCGCCGGCCCCGGCCCCAGCCCGGCCGGCGUCGCGGAGCGAGCGUGUCACCGGCGGCGGGGCGGAGGCGGGCGAGGCGCAGGCUUGUUCCGUCAGUUCCUGCGGCGAGGCAGGCUGGGGCGGCGGCCGCGGCAGAAGUGUUUAAAUUCAAGAUGGCAUCGACUAGUGAUCUGAAAGAAGCCACUUGCCACCAAAGUUCUUGGGACAUGUUGCUACCAGAUUUCCCUGAGGGGCCACUUUGUGAGUACCGUAAGAGGGCUUCCUUCAGCUGGAAGGAGAUGGCAGUGUAUAUAGAUGAAGAAGAUCUCAUCCAAUUCAAGAAUAGAAUCUUCUCUGCUUUUGAAAAUGAUCCUGUCUUUGCUCGCUACCCUGGAGAAGAUGUGACCCUUGAGAAGUAUCGUGAGCUGACAUUCCUACGCUGUAAAAGGCUCUUUGAAUAUGAGUUUCUUAAACUGGAAGAUAUCAUGGAGAAGCCAUUGAAAAUUAUGGUUCUUAUAAACUGCCUAGGGAUGUAUGAUUGGUCUCUAGGUACCAAAUAUUUGUUAAAUGCUCAGGUGUUCGGUGGUGCAAUUGCGAAUACUGGCUCUGAAAGGCAUCAGGAAUUCAUGAAACAAACCAGUAACAUGGAGAUUUUUGGAUGUUUUGCUCUGACUGAAGUCAGCCAUGGCAGCAAUACCAAGGGCAUACGGACAACUGCCAGAUACGACCCCAGCACACAGAAAUUUAUCAUCAACACUCCUGAUUUUGAAGCUGCCAAGUUUUGGGUUGGCAACAUGGGGAAAAAUGCCACUCAUGCUGUCGUCUACGCCCAGCUGUACACUCCUGAUGGGCAGUGCCACGGAUUACAUUCCUUUGUUGUGCAGAUUCGAGAUACAAAAACGCUGCUUCCUAUGCCAGGGGUGAUGGUGGGUGACAUAGGAAAGAAACUUGGGCAGAAUGGUUUGGAUAAUGGGUUUGCUAUGUUUCACAAUGUCAAGAUACCUAAAGAAAACGUUUUGAACAGGACUGGAGAUGUCACAGCUGAGGGGGUAUACGUCAGCUCAUUUAAGGAUCUCAAGCAGCGUUUUGGCGCAUCUCUUGGGGCUUUGUCCAGUGGUAGAGUUAUGAUCAUAGGCAUGUCUGUGGUUAAUUUAAAGCUUGCCUUAUCAAUAGCCAUUCGCUUCUCAGCCACACGCCGUCAGUUUGGACCAACAGAUGAAGAAGAAAUACCAGUCCUGGAAUACCAAAUGCAGCAAUGGCGCCUGCUUCCCUAUCUGGCAGCUACAUAUGCCUUAGACCAUUUCUCCAAGUCUUUGUUCAUGAACUUCAUAGAAUUUCACAUAGGUCUUCUGAUGAAGGAUAAGAGUCCAAGACAGGCUGAAAUUGGACGUGAGAUUCAUGCCUUGUCUACUGGUGGUAAACCACUGGCCUCCUGGACUGCCCAGCAAGCGGCACAGGAAUGUCGAGAAGCUUGUGGAGGACAUGGUUACCUGGCCAUGAAUCGUCUAGGUGAUAUUCGAAAUGACAAUGACCCAAACUGCACAUAUGAAGGAGACAAUAACGUUCUGCUUCAGCAAACCAGCAACUACUUACUGAGCUGGGUGAAUGCUAAACACCAAGAUAAAGCUCCUAUUGCAUCCCCUCUUGGAACAGUAAAUUUUUUGGAAGACUACAGUCUUAUUCUUGGCCAGAAAUUCACAGCCUCUAGUGUUGAAGACUGCAUGGACUCCUCAGUUCCGUUAGCUGCAUAUAAAUGGCUGGUUUGUUACUUGCUCCGAGAAAGUGUCCUUAAAUUGAGCCACGAGAAACGGUCUGGGAGUAGUGAUUUUGAAGCAAGAAACAACAGCCAGGUAUACUACUGUCGUUCAUUAGCCAUCGCUUUUAUCGAGCAAACAGUCUUACAAAGGUAUCACGAAUACACUCAUGAUCCCAACACACCAUCUACACUCCAGCCUGUCCUAAAGCGUCUUAGUGCUCUGUAUGGACUGUGGUCUUUAAGUAAACACAUGGCCGUGCUGUACCAAGGUGGAUAUGCUUCAGGUGAACAGCCUGGUCGAUUCAUACAGCAUGCUAUUCUGGAGCUUUGUUCCAAGUUGAAAGAUGAUGCAGUUGCCUUGGUGGAUGUCAUUGCACCUCCUGACUUCAUUCUGAACUCACCUAUUGGCAGAGCUGAUGGAGAGCUAUAUAAAAAUCUGUGGACAAUAGUCCUUCAAGGCAGCAAGGUGCUGGAGAGACCAUCAUGGUGGGCAGAAUUUUGUGUUAAUAAGCCCGUUGUCGGCAAGCUGAGGUCGAGGAUGUAAAUCAAACAUUAAGAGUGGCCCAGAUAGAGCAACGAUUGAGAACAUAUUUCAGACACUGAGCGGGAAGGAGCACAUAUUUCAAAUGUUGCAAAUGAAGGAGAUUUCAUACAGAAUAUGCCAAGAGAUAGAAUGAGUUUGAAAUCCGAUAUGACCAAUCUUAAGGACUGUUGACAUAAUGGCAAGAACAGUGCAACACAUCUGCAUGCAGUUCAUAGUAAUCAUGCUAAUGUUAAUCAGUCUCAGAUUAAAAGAAAAAGAAGUCUCAUUAAAGUUAAUUGCUUCUCACAGCUUCAGUACAUAUAAAACUAAAUAUUACUUUCAUCAGUGUCCUGAGAGCAAAUAGGGUCUAAAAGUCUUGUAAUUGCUGGCAUGCUACAAAAGUUAAACAUGCAAAAAAGUCUACCUUGAACUAUGAACAGACAAGCCAGUUUACUUUUUCAAGUUUCUGGAGGAGUAUUAGCAAAGCAAAGGGGUAUUUAGAACCUGGCAGGAUUUUCAGUGGAGAUAAACUAGGAUAGCAUCACUGGAAUUGAGUAAAAAGAAAAGGAGUACUAGUGGCACCUUAGAGACUAACCAGUUUAUUUGAGCAUAAGAUGUAGUGAGCUGUAGCAGCUCACUUCAUCUUAUGCUCAAAUAAAUUGGUUAGUCUUUAAGGUGCCACAAGUACUCCUUUUCUUUUUGCGAAUACAGACUAACACGGCUGCUACUCUGAAACCUGGAAUUGAGUAAGAGAGUCUCUUUGAAGUCCAUGAAGCUACUCUACUUUACACUAUCUGUUCCACAACGUUUAAAAUAGUUGAUUGUUCUCUCAAUGCAAGAGAUGUGAUAAAUUGACUUCCAGUUUGAGGUUUUGAUUAAUCCCCUCAAGUUUUGUAUCACUGUAGAUAUCACUAAUUCAAAGUUUCUCAUUCACUUGUCAUUGUUAUAUUAAAUUUAUGGUAAUGCAAAUGUAAAAUGAUUGUAUAACCUCACCAGCAGUUAGUGUUUUAUUGUUUUCCCUUCUAUACAGUGUUAGCUUUUAAGCUCAACAGAUCAAGCGGUGCAAGUUAACACAUGUAGCUGCCCCUGCUUCCUUCAGGUCCAAAUUUAGUCCAAUAAUCUGGAAGUGGGUUGUUAAAAAUAAACAAAAUGAUGUCUGUUGCCAGAUGCUGUAGACAUUUAGUCAGGGACAAGAAAGUAGAAUGAUAAUUACUGCAGCUGAGGGAGAACCAUUGUUUGUAUAUGUUUAGUAAAUAUUCCCCAAGUAAUGAGUAGUUUCCUUUGCAAAUGAAGAGGCACUAGUAAGUUUUUGAAGUGCUGAAUCUUUUAUAUUUUUAAAAUAAAAUCUGGAAAGAUCCUGCCUGCUUUUCUAUACUGUAUGAUUUCCCUGUUACUCUGAACUGAUCAAGGACCAAAUCCUGCUCACUGUACUCACAUGAGCUGUCCUGUUCAGGCCAGGGGGACUAUUUGUUAGGAAGGUGUCUAGGAUUCAGGGCUUGAUCCUGUGCCAUUAAAGUCAAUGGGAGUUUUGCUAUUGACUCUCAAUGGGAGCAGGAUCAAACCCCUGGCCCUUAGUGGAUUUUUUUUUUUAAUUGUCACCAUUCUGUUCCAGCUCUACACUUAUGAUUCUGAUGAAGUGUUUCUAUGCCAGAAUUCCAAAGUUUGUAAGUCUUCAAAGUGUUAUGACACAAAUAUUACAUAACUGUUAUUGUGCUGGUUUUUUGUGUGUAAAUAUUACUAGAAUACAUUUAAUCAAAGUAAAAAAUAAAGUGGUAUUUUCAGUUUUUGCCAUAUGA